GCAAGUCCAACUGUAUGUACAUGAUACUUUGUCAAUUUCCAGUUGAGGAACAAUGUAUUGUGUGUGCUUUAUCGUUAUUUACUGUUCAGUUCUCAGUGAAGGAUACAGAAAACUGAAUGUAGUUGAGAAAAUGAAUCGCAUACAAAAUGAAAGGAAGAGAGAGAUAUCGAAGACAGAAAACUUUUCGACUAUUUUUACAACUCAAAACAACGGUUUGCACAUUUUGGAUAAAGGAGACUCCGCACAAAAAACAAAAGUCAUAAAAUAUCAAGAAAUAUUUAAAAGUCUACCAAUUUACAAUGCCUUUGUUACGGAAGAAUUUGAUUCAAACACAGGUGCUUGGACUGGACAAAUGUCUGGCGAAUGGUACGAAGAAUUAGAACAGGAUAUAACAUCAGUAGUUCCAUCACUAAGUAAGCAACAGGCAUUGUCUAUUGCCAUGUCAAAAGCAAAUAUAAAAGACCCAUCUGUAGUCAAGGACCGUAAAAUAAAACUCAUUAUUGUUCCAUUGAAUGAAACUGGGAUUCUCUGUUAUGACGUGACUUUGCUAAUCGUUACACCAAAUAAACCUAUGAAAAGACCGGGGAUGUUUAUUGAUGCAAAUUCUGGUCAAGUUAUUCAAACUAUGGUGCGGUUACGUCAAAGUAAGCUAAUAAACGCAGCUGUUGGAGGAAAUAAGAAAACUAAGAAAAUUGAAUAUGGCAAUGACUUCCCUCUCUUGAAAUAUUCUUAUGAUGAAAUGGGUGAAAAGUGUGCGUUCAAGUCUAAAUAUGUCGAGGUGUAUAACCUACAGAAUGCAACUGAACUCUCCGAAGGAGCAACACCUUACGAAUUCGUAUGCUCUAAAGGAGUAAAUGAUGAAGUUAAUGGUGGAUUUUCCCCAAUGUCUGAUGCGUUCUUUAUGGGCCAUCGUAUCUUUGACAUGUAUAAAUCAUGGGCACACACUGCUUUGAUUUCUGACCCACCUUUGAAGAUAUGGGUUCAUUACGGCAAUUUGGAGUUGAAGGCAUUGUACAAUGGAUUGAGUAUGGUGUUUGGUGAUGGAAGUGUGAAACAUUUCUAUCCUUUAGUGACCUAUGAUGUUUUUGCACACGAAGCUGCACAUGCUUUUACAGAACAUCAUUCAUAUUUAGAAUAUGAGAAUCAGUCGGGUGCAAUCGACGAGGCAUACUCUGAUCUUGUCGGGGAAACGUUCGAAUAUUUUAUCACAGGAACAUUUGAUUUUCAUAUUGGUGAACAGUCGGACAAGUUAGAUAACGAGGCUUUCCGUGACAUGUGUGACCAAAACAAAGAUGGAAAGUCUAUUGUCCAUAUAAAAGACUACUACGACGGUAUAGAGGUUCAUUUAGCGAGUGGUAUCCUAAACAAAGUGUCUUGUAUAUUGAUCAGAGAACCAAGCUUUGGAAUCAAAAAAGUUUUCCAAACAUUUACGCAUGCCAACAGGUUUUAUUGGAAACCGGACACCAACUUCUCAGUGGCAGCCUGUGGAAUUCUAAAAGCUACCUAUGACCUAGGUUACGACCAAGCCAAAGUUCGUGAAGCGUUUAUGGUUGUUGGUAUUUCGGCAUGCAAGCUAGACGAAUAUAUUCGAAAAAUAUACGGAAACACCCACAUCAGUGAUUUGAAUGCAAAAGAAAAUGAAAGUAUAAUUUUUGGUGUUACGAGUUUUACUGGUCAAUUUAUACGAAUUUUUACUGAAGGCGGAACAGGUGAUGUAGAUAUAUACGGCAAUAACGAAAUAAAUUUUGAUAUUGCCUCUUCAACGUAUAGUUCCACAAAUAAAGGUAACUUGGAGGUUUUACAAAUUCGAACAAAAGAUUGCUGGAAAAAUCAUUGCUACAUCCAUCUUCUGCCAAAAAUGAAUGGUUUUAAUAAAGUCACCUUUCAGGUUGAAAUGAUCUGAUGUACCUUAAGAAACAUGUUUGUUGUCUUUUAUAUUGUGACAGUCACAGUAGUUAUGACUGUGACAGUAGCAGUAAUUACAUAUGUAAUUAGAAAACAUUUAAUGAUCCACAUGUACAUAUAGCCAGUGAUUUGCUCAUAAUUGAACGGAAAAUCAAUAACGCAAAAUGGAAUAUGUUAUUUGGCAUACAAAUUGCCAUUAGAGACUGAUAUACUAAACAAAAACUUGUUACGGUUACCUCAUCUUGUUUACAUAAGACUCUAGCUGACUUAGCAAUAUUAUAUCAUCUGUAAAUUUCUUAUCUUCAUGUAUAUUGUUCUUUAAAUAAAUCUUUGAAAAUCUG